AUGAAGAGCGCUCCCAAGCACAACGUCGAGCACUACAUUGAGACUAAUGGAGCUCCCGUGCAUGCACGCCCACGCCCGCUCCCGCCACACCGGUACCUCGCGGUCAAAAAGGAAUUUGAUCACAUGAUAGAGCAACAGUUGUGUCGUCCUAGCAAGAGUCCCUGGGCAAGUCCACUUCACGUUGUGCCUAAGAAAAAUGGCGACAUACGAGUGUGCGGAGAUUAUAGACGGUUAAACUGUGUCACAAAACCAGAUCGUUACCCCGUUCCUCGACUAAGAGAUUUUACCUACCAACUUCACGGUAUGAAUAUUUUUAGUACGAUCGACUUAAACCGGGCGUAUCAACAGAUUCCUAUGCACAAAAAUCAUAUCGACAAAACCGCUAUAAUCACGCCAUUCGGUCUUUUUGAGUUUCCGAUGAUGAGAGAAGGUUUAAAAAAUGCUGGACAGACAUUUCAAAGAUUUAUUCAUCAAGUUCUUGCUGGUUUAGAUUAUGUUUUCCCAUUCAUCGAUGAUAUCAUCAUUGCAUCUAAGGACGCGGAAACCCACGAAAAUCACCUCCGGACAGUCCUCCAACGACUGAACGAAUACGGUGUCACAAUCAAUCCCUCAAAAUGCGUGCUGGGUCAAGAAUCUGUCAAGUUCCUCGGCUACACUGUAACACCGCAUGGAAUUAAACCACCAGAAGAUAAAAUUCAAACUAUUAACAGUUACCCUAAACCUGAAAAUAUCGAACAACUACGAAGGUUUCUUGGAAUGGUCAACUUUUAUCACGACAGCAUUCCCAACGCAGCACAAAUUCAAACACCAUUAAAUGUAUUUUUGCACAACUGCAAGAAACGCGAUAAAACAGUCAUACAGUGGAACCCUGAAGCGGAUGAGGCAUUUGAAGCAUAUCUACAGCUGGCGCAUGACAAGAAGACCGACCGUAUGCGCUCAUGGUACCUCUACGAGCAGUACAGAGCGCUGACGCAGCAUCAGCUUGAUGCGGCACAGAGGCUGCGGAACCGCUCGGUUCAAGAACAGCUACUGCAUCAGGAGCUCACGGAGCGGCGCGCUCGGCGUAGUCCUUUUUGUCAGAUCAGCAUGCAUCUCAGCGACCCGAAUCAAGACUGCAUCAGCCAAGCCACCUACCUCAGCAACACCAACGACGAUUUUUACGAGAGCUUCUCUGAUCUCCACGACUUUGAAGGCAACAACAGCUUGGGCAGCCAUCAUGGCACCGAUAAUAACUCCAUGGAGGAUAAGAAUCUAGAAGAUUUCCAAGAAGAUACCAGCUGCGCGGAUAGUGUUUCCAGCGUGGUUGAUGCUACGGAUAGGUCCUCGAAACAUCCUAUUGCUGAAAAAAUAAAACUGAAUCUACAGACUGUUAAAGACAACAUGGCAAGCCUCGAGAAAUACGCCCAGAUGACUGACGGAGAGCACAACUCGGAGACGAGCGUAGACUCUCUGGGUUGGCGAAACGUUCUUCGGAAGGACGUUAGAAACAAUCAAUUAUUUUAUAUGUGGACCCGCCUGGUUGCGUUCGCAUACCAUAUUAUACAACUUAAUCAUGGAAACUGCUACUACGACUACAGCUCCCAGCUGCUCACCGCCGUUCUGGCGUGCGACGCGCUGCGCCGCGGCGUCAACCGCAUGUGUGAUAUUUUGCAGUAUUACGUCUCACCCGUGAAAUAUGCGAGUGAUUCUGAAGACAGUUCCAAUAUGUGCAGGAAAAAACGUAAAAAAAAGAAGUCUCAUGGGUUGAAAAAACUACGAAAAUCGUCUAAAUAUAAGAUAAAUUCAAGUUCGCAAAAAAAAGUCACGAGGCGCUUCGAAGAUGACCACCAUGCGGAACAUUCGAGUGGCUCCUGGCAACACUACAGGAAAUACUCGGUCGUACACACAAUGGAGCAAAACAGGAAACACCGACAACCGAGGAGACGAGAGUGGCGAAAAGCUAAUCGCAGUACCAUCCGUCGGAGCCACCAGACCCUCUGGCCCUCAGAGCUGGAAACGACCGACUCCACAACCUUCGAAGGCAGAAGUCCCGAUAACCCCAUGGUCUUGCUCGUGCGAUAUUUGGAUGAUGUCAUCAAAACUGACGCCCGGGAGUCUGAGUAACGUUUUUUUUCUUUUUUGGUUUGG